AUGGGUCGUUUGGAGAGGAGCCUAGAAGAAGAUGUUGCGCGCAAGACAGAGAUAAACACCAGAGAUACUGCAAACUUUUCCAGAGUCGGUACACUCCCUGGCCAGGAACAGUCAAGCGACCAAGAAGACGAUGAGGACACUAAUGAUCUGCGACCGACACAUCUCGUGACUGAAGAUGCAGCUUACUAUGAGCCUGACGAUGAUGUCAACGACGACAUGGUCGAUCUGGGAUUUCGCAUGGGGAGAGUACGCAUCACAGAACGCAUUGGAGGGCUUGUUCGCCCACGAUUCUCAGAUGAACUUGCUUCGACACUCAAAGAGUUACCAGAUCGCGAGUCUCCGUCUCCGUCUACCAUCGAAGAAGAUGGCGCAAACUGGUUAGCGCCAACACAAGAUUACGUCGUUCCAUCUUCAAACUUUGUGUUGGCGUCCGGAAUCGGCCAACCCGCUCUUGAGUCUCAUCUGCCUGCGCGGGUCGUAGUGGAUAAGUUGCUCUCUCACUAUUGGUUUGCGGUGCACACAAUAGCUCGGACUGUUCAUCGCCCUUCAUUCGAGCGACAGUAUCAGAACUUCUGGAUCAGAGUCAACAUGGGCAUGGAGCCUCGCGCGUCUUUCCAAGCGGUGCUAUUUGCAGCUUUGCUGAACUCGGUCGUUUCAAUGACCGAUGACAUGGUUCACGUUGAAUUUGGUGUUGAAAAGAAGACCAUGAUAGACAGCUUCCGUGAAGGAACCGAGACGGCGCUUGCUCGAGCCAAUUUUCUCCGCACUACAAAAUUGGAGACAAUUCAAGCUUUCGUGAUGUACCUCAUUCCUCUAUGUCGCAAUGAAGUAUCUCGCGCACACUCCGCACUAACUGGAUCGCUUAUCCGCUUGGCUGAAUGUAUGGGCUUGCAUCGGGAUCCAACGACCUACAGCACCUCACCGGUUGAGAUCCAAGUGCGGCGUCUCAUAUGGUACCAAAUAUGCUUUUUGGAUCUGCGCACUUGCGAAGCUGUUGGCCCACGUCCGCAGAUCAGACUCGACGACUAUGAUACUCGAUUUCCGAUGAACAUAGACGAUGUUGAUCUCGACCGUGCUGAGCGUGGCGAGAGUGGAACAGAUGUCAGUAAAGACCGCAGCCACUUCACCGACAUGACUAUCAGUCUCAUGCGAUUCGAAGGCUACGAGAUGCAUCGCUUUCUCUGGAGCGAGCGCCCAAAAUUGGAUCGCAAACGCGCUGAUGGGAAGAGUGAAGUUACAAUUACUUCGCUUCUGUCGCGUGUUCAGUCUUUUCAAGCGGCUAUGGAGAAAAAGUACCUUCCCAUGCUGUCCAAGACAGAGCUAUUACACGUUUUAGCGUCGGAACUAUAUGGAAUCGUCUCGAAUCGCCUGUAUAUUUCCAUCUUACAAAAGUACAUCACUUCUGCUCGCUGUCGGAUGCCGGAGCGCCUACGACAAUUGACACUAAGCGCAGCGACCAUGAUUCUGGAACAUGGCAUGGCAAUUGAGCAGCAUCCAGCUCUAUCCUCCUGGUCCUGGAUCGUUGGUGCUCUCCACCAGCAUCACUGCGCGCUUCUUCUUGUGAAUGAAAUAUACAUAUCAAACCCGGAACCAGCGAUGGAACAGCGCAUAUGGAGAUGUCUAGACUACUCGUUCAAUCUACCUAAUGGACUAUCCAACGUCGAGAAAACUAGGAUGGUCUUGGAAGAGCUCGUCGGCAAGACAAAAAUGUAUUCUGAUUUGAAGAGAGUACGGGUUCCUACAAACAUGCCGCAAGCUGGCCUGGAGCCUCGACAACGCGUACAGAGGGAAGAAGGCGGACGUAACGGAAGCACGCAGUCAAAUACGAGUACUGCUGGUCCCCUUUCGCACUUACUGAGCGGGAAUUCAGAUGUGCAAAACCUCGCACAGCCACUACCAUCGCCACCGCAGAGUUCCCAGGUUCAAUCCACAUUGGUACCUAGGCUCAAUACCUUCCCUGGCGCCAUACCGACUGUAGACUGGGGUACCAUCGACAUGCCAGCGACAGUAUCCGCUUCAGCCUAUGACAGCAUUCCUGGGAACAGUCCACGCAAUCCGAUGCCGAAUACCGCACAGCAAGGUGAAAGUAAUAACAGUAGUCCGAACUCGAUCAUGUACGAAGGUGGAAUGGCAGCUGGUUCGAACAGCAAUACUGCAAUGGACGCCAUCAACGACAUCGACUGGAAUGACAUCGAGGAGAUGUUCGGUGACGCUGAGAUGGGAGCCGGCAAUAUGCUUGUUCCGCCUUUCGCAUUCCCAUCCUUCUCGGCUUCGGAUCCGCGGUGGCCGGCUUCAGAUCGAAUGCAGUAA